GUUAGAUGGCAUGAUUUCAAUUAAUAAAGGAAAUUGAAUGGCGUAAACGUAAUCAAUUUUGAUAGUUUAAAAAUGAUAUUUAAUCUAUGAUUUUAUAAUGAUUAUGUACAUUUUUUAUAUAAGUUAUCUCUAUAAAGUUUUGUCAUAAAAAAAAAUAUUAUAAUUGUUUCAUUAAUUUUUAAAAUGGUUGAUCAUUCUAUACCAUCCGACAUUCUCGACGAUUUAAGCAGUCGAUUUAUUAUUAAUGUACCUGAAGAAGAAAGGAAAGAUUUGGUUCGAAUAUGUUUUCAAAUCGAAUUAGCUCAUUGGUUUUAUUUAGAUUUUUACUGUACAGAUGAAAAUCCAAAAUUAAGACCAUGUAGUAUGAGAGAAUUUGCUACGCACAUUUUUUUUCAUAUACCUUUUUUAAAACCUCAUGUAGCUAACAUAGAUAAUAUUCUUGAACAAUGGCGUGAUUAUAAACAAAAUGUUCCAACCUUUGGAGCAAUUGUAUUGAAUGAAGAUCUGACUAAAGUAUUACUUGUUCAAAGUUAUUGGGCAAAAAGUAGUUGGAGUUUUCCAAAAGGAAAAGUUAAUGAGGAUGAAGAUCCAUCUCAUUGUGCUGUUCGAGAAGUUUUAGAAGAAACUGGUUUUGACAUUUCAAAUUUGAUAGAUGAAAAUGAAUACAUCGAGUCAACAAUAAAUGAACAAUUAGUAAGAUUAUAUAUAAUAUGCGGUGUUCAAAAAGAUACAAAAUUUCAACCAAAAACACGAAAAGAAAUAAAAAACGUAGAAUGGUUUUCUUUAGCUGAUUUACCUAAUAAUAAAAAAGAUAUGACUCCAAAAGUAAAAACAGGAGUUGGUCCAAAUGCAUUUUUUAUGGUAAUCCCUUUUGUAAGGAGGAUGAGACGUUGGAUACAAGAAAAACAUUUACGUGACAAAAAUACAAAUACAAAUACAAUACGAAGACAUAGGCAUAGAUCUUUGGGUGAUGUUGAAACUAGUUCAAAGAAUAAACGACAUUUAGCUCCUCAUUCUGUUCAAAAUGAUAUUCCAAGUUUUAAGGAUGUUAAAAAUUUUCGACAAUCUAAUACUUCACCUGCAAGAAACCGACGUGGUAUACAUGAUAAUAAAAGUAUUUUACCUAAAACAGCAAUUAAACGUAACUUAUUCGGAGAUCAAAAUGAAGAAGAAACAUCAACUGUACUUGCUAAACAAUUAACAGAUAGUCCACAAAAUCAACAGUCAUGUUCACUUUUAAUGGAUCCAGCUAUUCAAUCUAUAAAGUGCAAUGAAUUUAAUUAUAAGGCUCAAACAUUUGCUACAGAAAUAAAAGAUCAAACGUCUCAAGAUUCUCGAAAUAUAGAAUUUACAGAAGGAAAUAUUAAAUCUUUAUUAUUUGGAAAAGCAGCAAAUAAACUGCAAACAGAUUUAAAAAGUAUUCCAUCUCCAUUUAUGGUAAUGACUCAUAGUGCAUCUCAUUUCUUUCCAAUAGAAGCUCAAAAAUAUCCCAUAGAAUGUUUUUCAUUGAUUUGGGCGAAUUUUAAAUUUGACAAACAAGCAAUACUUGAUUGUUUAUAAAAUUAAAUUUUAAAAUAAUUUUAAAAAAUAAAAAGUUAUAUUCGAUUUAUUUGUAAAGGUUUUUUUUAUACAUGUACAUUCACCAUGUACAAUAAUGAAGUAAAUUUCAUAUAAUUUCAUAUACAAAAAUACGAUAUAAAUAUGUUUACACGUAUAAUUAUUGAAAUGUUAUAAAUGUAAAUACUUUUACUUUAUAAGUAUUUAUCUUCUAUAAUAUCAAAAUAUCUUGUAUAUUAUAUUUUAAUUUUCUAUUUUAACAAUAUGAAAUAAAGAAUAGAAAUAUUUAAUAAAAAA